AUGGACACCUUGUCUAUGUAUGCAUGGUAUAUCAACCAAAUGUGCAAACUGCUUUUUCUUCCCUGUUUUUUUUUCUUUUGCAAAGUUUAUUAUUUAGAGUUUUGUUUCAGGCUGAUGGGUUUGCUGUGUCUUUUAAAGGACUGGAACCGGUUCAGAUCUUCUGAUGAAAACCCCUCGGCUGAUGUCCUUCCGAGCUUCCAGCUCUUUCUCUGCGGCUUAGCAUCUGGCACAUGUGCCAAAGCUGUAUGUCACCCCCUUGAUGUGGUCAAGAAGAGGUUCCAGAUCGAAGGACUACAAAGGCAUCCGAGGUAUGGAGCGCGAAUUGAGCAUCGCACUUACAAAAAUAUGUUUGAUGCUCUUCGUCGAAUUCCACAGGCAGAGGGUUGGGCUGGCCUCUAUAAGGGCAUUGUUCCAUCUGUUGUCAAAGCUGCACCUGCUGGUGCUGUAACCUUUGUUACUUAUGAAUUAACAUCAGACUGGUUAGAGUCCACUUUCAAUUAAAGCUAAGCCUGAUUCCUUAGGAGACCAGGGGGAAAAAAAUAAAGGCAUGGACAUGUUUACUGUAUUUUGAUUUUGUCAUUGCGGCAUGCAGGCCACAAUUUUGAAGUUUUAGCAGCGACAUAAAAUGUUACAUUUCCAUUAUAGUAAAGUUUCGAGCAGCUUCCGAGUUGUAUUAAACUAUUGAGUUUUUC